AUGCUCCCAAGAUCCGCGUCGACCUCACAGAUAGACUCUACUUCACCCACCCCGCACUUUGAGACAGCCAACACAAGCCUAUUCUCCGUCACGACGGGCUCGCGUCUUCACCAGCGCACGCCCGGUGUGGGGUCUCUCUCCGAGGCAAGUUCACCCAUGAUGGGUUCUGCAGGUCGACACCUCUCGAGCAAGGGCGCUACUCUGGAUUCGCUUGCUCAUGGUGUCAAAGGACAGUCAACGCUGGAUGGAGCAGGUCUUGGAUUCAAAGGUCAACAUCAGCAGCAGCAAAAAGAGCAGCAAAAGUCGGUCAUUAGUAUGGACCCACCUUCGGGAUGUUGGUGGCUCGCCAAGAAGAGCGCCAAUCUACCCGACUUUGUCCUCAUUUCCGAGUUUUCAGAGCUGGAGGGUCCUCGUGCGGUGAUGACUAUUCCAGACAAUAUCGUGGACCUGACUCGCGACUCGUAUUCUUCUCACAAGCAACGGUAUCAGGAGUCUUCUGGGAAGCAUUCACACGACCAUUCUGAAACCAGUAACUCGACCCUGGGUCCUGACGGAAGUGGCGGCCAGGACAAUGAUAGCGAGGACUUGUUUGACGUACAUGAGUUUGUGCUGAGGAUUACUUCGGUCGACCAGCAACAGAGAGAAUCGUCGGGAGGAUUUCACAUUCCAGAAGACAUCGAGGUCCAUGUCAGCGACGUUGAAAAAGGCUACUGGGCAUAUGUCCACCAUUUCACGCUUUUCGACAUCAACGCACGAGGGUUUGUGCGACCCUUUUGCAUGUCAUACAUCACGCGAGACCCACACAAGAUUCUAUCGCAGUAUGAGGAAAUGAGACAGAGGUUCAGGAAGGCGGCCCUUUACUUCAAAACAGGAAACUACACGUUGUUCAGGCAGGACCUCACAAAGCGGCUACGGGAUUUGAACUACACCAACAACCUCCUCUCGGAAUCGCCGUCAGAUGCUCCUGGAUACUCUGAAUCCGCACACUCUUCUCCGCCCAAGGAGAAUUUAACGUCCACUGCCAGCCAGAAUACCCUUACGCCUUCGUCGCCAGAGCUGUCAGAGUUGACAGAAAAGUUGGAAGGGCCAGGUCUGACGGAGCAGCAGAAAGAUGACCUGGAAUCGAUCAAGGAUGCCAUUGAGACAGCGACCCUCAUCAUCAGCACACUUGAGCAUUACUCCAUCGACGGAGAACCAUUGCUAGGACACGCGGAUGAUGGGCACGAUGGGCCACAAUCAAUGGCACCGCUCUCCGACCUCUCGCCUAUGAACUCGUCAGAAAACCUUGCAAUGCUGGCUGCAGGAAGGCCGGGAGCAGUAGACCCUUCGUUGUUUUUGGGAGCCACAUCACGGUCAGGGUCGAGGAUUCGGCACAAGAACUCUACUUCGAGCGUCCUGAGCCCUUCACGGAUUCUGGAUGCUUCGGGAAUAAUGGGCGAGAGCCUUUCUGCGCCCUUGCCUCACCUUCUUGGACUUCAACAAGAGCAGUCCAGGAAGAACUCUGUUGUCUCUGACUAUGACUCGAUCAUGUACGAGACACCAGAGUAUGAGGCACAGUAUGUAACGACGCUGUACCCCAUCUUUCGUGAUGAGGUCGUGUUCAGGCCGCUUCGGGAACUCUGUGUCGCGACCAUGGUCUGGAACUCGUCGAUCCAGUUCCACUUGGGCAUCAAGAAGAUCAAGGAUAUUCUCAAGGAGUUCCAGGCGGAUGCUCCCUUCCUUGGUCAAGCUGCUGACAGUCUGAAGCGUAUGCAUCCCACCACGGCAGCUCUGACGAUAGGACAAAAGUUCAUGAUCAAUUUCAGGAACCCAGAGUUCAACAGAGCGACAGUGCGUCCGACACAACAAGAAGAACCACCAGUGCCAUUGGUGGAACUACUAAGAGGGAUAUCCAAUGCAGGCGCGCAUUCAGAUGAUGGACUAUCGGUGCAGGAGGCGCAGCCUGUACAGACUCCAGAUCCUUCAACGUUGGUACAAGACGACAAUGUGGCGGGAGAGCUUCGCCCAGGACAAACCGUAUAUGCAGAUGAUGCGGACGACGAGCAAACUGGAUACGACUCUUUGGAUGAUGCCGCGUCCUUCUUCACUGCCGCAACAGGGAUGGCAACUCAUGCCGACACGCCUACUCGGGAAGCGUUUGUCGUAACGCCACUUGAUCGCUCUGCAAGAGUCGUCGAGUGGCACCAGGAACAGCAGACGUUGCAUCACGCCAAAGACACACCGGCGCACCCAGAAGGCGCCAAGGGCACACCGGCGCACCCAGAAGGCGCCGGGGAGCAGACUCCGUGGGCAUUUGGCGCAGGAGUGUCUCAAGGAGAAUCGUCGAUGGGUGGUAACCUUGGGCGGCCACAACACCGCUAUUCAGCGCAGAGCGGCACCAGCAUGGGUUUGAUUGGAGCAGCAGCAAUACCGGCAACAUCAUGUCCGACAUUGGUCCUCGACACGCUGCAGAAGGACGCGACGUUGGCCAAGCAUCUCGUGUUUGCGCUCCUUAGCGGACAAAAGGUCUGUAUCAUGGGCACUUCUGAAUGUGAGCAGAAGGUGCGGUCGUUGGUGACGGUCUUGGCGACAUUUCUUCCGCAUACAGGAUAUCCGACCAGGGAGGAGCAGUUGAUGGAGCAACAACGGCGCAUCAUUCCAUGGUACCAAGGAUACGGUCUAUUACAGGUGGAGGAUAUGGAGAGGUUCUUCAUCAUUGGCGUGGACUCGAGCAAGAUUGACCCAAAGUUCAUGGAGGGCGACAUUUGUGUGGUGGACUGCGACACUCUUACCUGGGUUAACGGACGACAAUAUACCGACGGGAUCCUGCUGGAGUCAAUCUUUCGCAACAUGGCUCUGUUCUCAGAGGACGCAUCCUUUAUGGCGUUUGUUGAGGUCAAGUUCUUCGAUAUGUUGCUGAAGUCGUUCCUUUACUACCAUCUCGUCUUUCAAGGAAGGCUGUACCAAGGGGGGCUUCUCGCGCCGCCUGGAGUCAACUCUUUCUACUCGAGCGGAGCGUCUGAUGACGGGGAGGCAUUUUCAUACCAAAGCAACUUUCGGAGCGCACGACCUUCGCCAUUAACACGCAAGAGCAACGGACUUUCUCGUGGGUCUCGGAGAAACACCUCGGCAUACCUUUCGUCGACAAAUAUCGGAGCCACCGCCCUCAACAAGCACUCAGGCCUCGCCAAUGACGCACUCUCGUCCCACGACUCGUCGGAUAUGGAAAAGUCGUUUUCGGCAAAUGGCCAAGGUCGGAGGGGUUUUAGGCGUGACCUUGCAGAGGGCCACUACUAUGAGCGGAGCAGCAGGAAUCAGCGCGGACGACCCGAGUUCUCAGGAGAUGAGUCCAGUCAGAACGGAGGGCCGAUGCAAUAUACCACCUCUCAGGGCAUGCGCAAGUGGAAGAAGUGGUUCGAUUAUUGGAGCGCCAAGAGCGCGGCGAUGAUUGAUCCUGCUCUCGCGGCUUUUGGGCGCUCCGACUCGAAUGCCCACAUAGAUGGUGCCUCGGGAAGCAACGGGCGGAGGAAACGGAACAGUAGUAGGAUGUCUAGUCCGAGGCGACCACGAAACCCGUCAAGUCAUCAUACCAGCCCUGGCCGCAACAGAGAAUCCAAGGAACGGGAGAAGGAGCGCGAUCGGGAGCGGGAUAAGGAGAGAGACCGGAAGGCGACGUAUGAUGCGUAUGAAGUGACCAAAGAGAAGGCAGCGGCCUUCGGUAGCAGUGACUCGGACUCUUUUCGGCAACGCAAUAUCUCUGAGAAGAUGGCUGUCAAGGACGAGAAGGAACGCGUGGAGUACUUGGGAGACCAAAUCGAUGGCUUUAAUAAGUUCCAGCCUGCAAGAGUGGAGGACGAUGCCACGCAUACUUCAAAGUUGCACGACUCUAGUUCGACGGUGACCAAGAGCUCUUCAACGCUGCGGAAGUUGAAGCCCAAGCGACCCCUCUCGCUGCAUCGACAUUUAGGUCAUAUCAGCGACCAUGACCGCAACCCUUCGGAAGAUGCCAAAUCGAUAACCAAGAGCGACGUAUCAGCAAAGUCGCCCUCUGCUGCUUCACCCACGCCUUCAGCAACGUUCCGCAGUCUCGCUGGCACCUUCCGCGCCAUGUCAUUCGGGCGAUCUCUCCCCUCCACCACAAUGACCAGUCCUACCGACCCACCCUUAGAGACCACAAGUCAACUGGAUACGUCAGUCAAGAGCCUUGGUCGACUAAGUGCAGAUGUGCAACGGAGCCCGAGGAACAGUCGUGAGUUGUCAGAGUCAAAUCACCACAAGGACGUCAAGCGCCGAAGUUCUACCAGAGCCAAGGCGAAAGCGUGGUUCAAGGCUAAACGGAAGAGGCGGAGUAGGAUCAAUGACGGUGAUGAGCAUUUGGGUGUUCAAGACGGUGCUAGUGAACAUAUGCGGGAUAUGAGCGAGGACGAUCAUGACUCUACAUCGGAUGACUUGAACGAGGAUCAUGGACAGGAAGACGAGCCAUCGCCACCGCAACCAUGCGAUCCUGAAUCUGAGCCUCUAGGUCCAGCACGACCGCCACCAAAAUCAGCACCAGCAAGCACCAUUUCUGCCAUGACUCUCCGAGCACUUUCACCCAUGCAGUCGCAAUCGAGUGUUGACUUGACCAGUCUCUCCAAGGUUUCUGUCCCACCAGAAACUCCGCUAGAAGUGCCGCUGACCCUGGAAGAGAUUGCAGCUCAGGAGCCUACUAGGAUUAUCCCUAGACCUACAGCAACUACUGCGACCACAGCGAAUCUUAUUAACAGCAACAGCAGCAGUCGUGUUUCUUCCGCCAACGCGUCAAGAAUUACAUCUCCUACAUUUGUAUCUCCGACUGCAGCUCAGCAUCACCGGCGUCUGGACUCGAUCGCCGGAAGCCGACAGACGUUGAAGGGACUUGGACUGAACAAUGGUGGCACGGGGGCUACAGAAACUCGUUCAGAGUUGGACGACAGCGAGUAUGACCGGCGCCGUGACUUUGGAAGAGAGAGCGGAACCGAUUACGAGACGUCACUGGAGACUUUUGGGAGCAUGGACAUUGGAUCACCAGGCUUCAUGCAUAGUCGCGGCAGCAUCAGCGGACCCUACCCUAGUCAUCGACAGUCGAUCGAAUCUUUUGGACGGCGGUCGCUAGAUUCUCCUACUGCGGCUUCAGCAAUGGCAGCCGUGGCAAACAAUACGACUACUUUAGCAGGCAAGGGAAAGCCACCACAGAUUAGUGUCAAGGAGAUGGAGAAGCUGGCAGCGGCCAAGGAGAAGGAGAAGAAGGAUACAGUGACCUUGACUGAAGAAGAGGAGGCUGUGGUCAGAGACAUGGUCGGCGGCGUUUCUGGAGCCGACGAUUGGUCUAUUGUUGUGUACUUGGCGACGAUGGUGGAUGAGUAUGAGCGGAGCAAGGAUCCAAAAGUCCCGGUGUCUGGCGAGCCGUAG